AUGGGGCUGCUCAAGUAUUACGGGGUGACGGAGCUGACCGGGUGCCCUGGGUCUGGAAGGACGGCAAUUGCCAUUGAAGAGUCGAAGACACGCCCAACAAUAUACAUAACAACAACUACAUUCUGCAUAGGAAGAUACAAGGAAUCGCCGCCGGAGGUGAUGGACCGCAUUGUCGUCAAGUAUGUCCAAAGCAUUGAGUAUUUGGCUUCCUUCGUCAUGAAUUCGAUUGAGAGGAUCAUUGUGGAAAGAAGCAUAGAGCUGGUUGUUAUUGACAGCCUGGACCAUCUUCUUGCCACUGAAGGGAUGGGGAUGGACCGGCGCAUCUUGUUCAGCAUCACCAACAAGCUGAAGAGGAUGAAUCAGAAGCAUUCGACGGAUGUUCUGGUCGUCACAUGCCACUACGGCAGUUGGACUGUUGGGUCCUUCUGCAUACCCAAUCCCAUCCUUGGGCUCCAAUGGAUGUACAUGGUGAAUACACGGUAUGUCUGCUCCAAGGAUGGAGAUAGAAGAAUGCUUCGGCUUGCUCGCUCUCCCCUCAAGGACUCGAGGGCCUGGGAGUUUGAGAUAGGGGCGUCUAGCGUGUCAGUUGUGUCUGAGACAUCUGGAUAG